AUGAAACUGAGUGUGGGGAUAUUUUUUGGAGGCUUCUUCGGGGCGCUGGGAGUUUUGCUCUUUUUGGUGGCCUUUGGGACAGAUUACUGGCUUCUUGCUACAGAAGUUGGAAGAUGUUCAGAAGGUCCAAACAAUACCACGGAGGAGAAGGUCACUUUCCACCAUGAAGGUUUCUUCUGGAGGUGCUGGUUUGCUGGAGAUGUAGAAGAGGACACUAACAAUAUUUGGAAAUUCUGGUACACCAACCAAUCGCCGUCUAAGAAUUGCACACAUGCCUACCUUUCUCCAUUUCCUUUUAUCCGAGAUGAACACAACUCAACCUCCUAUGACUCUGCAAUCAUUUAUCGUGGUGUCUGGACUGUGCUCAUGCUCCUGGGGGUGAUCACUGUUCUGGUGGCCAGCUUCUUCAUCAUCUGUGCAGCUCCCUUUGCCAGCCAUAUUCUGUACAAAGCAGGAGGAGGCAUUUUCAUCGCUGCAGGCAUCUUGUUUUCACUGGUGGUCGUGAUGUAUGUCAUCUGGGUCCAGGCAAUGGCUGAUCUGGAAAACUACAUGAAUAUGAAAAAAAUUGAUUGCCCAGACUUUGUUGCUUAUGUGCACUAUGGCUGGUCUUUCAUACUGGCUCCUAUAGGAAUAUUUUUUGCUUUGUUUGCAGGAAUGCUCUUCCUAUUAGUAGGGCGUACUAUUCAACUGCACUCUGACUUAUCACACAUCUAA